AUGCCGUAUGAACGGCCGGAUAGUUUACCCGUACGAUUUUCACCUUCACGUAAAUUAAAAAGCUUAGAUAGAAUUCAUAAUGAACGAAAUCAAGCGGAAGAAAUUCCGCUUCCGCCAGCGUUGCAUCGUUUUUUAGCUGCACCAACAACACGAUCACCUUCCAGUCCUCAGCUAAAAACAGUACUUCGAUUAGCAGAUGAAGACUUGGAAAAUGUAACCGUACACGGAAAUAGUUUCGUUUUCCGAUGCAAUCAAUCGGGUAUUUCGAAAUCAUUCAGCAAAUAUACAUUCGAUCAAAUUUUUGCAUCAGAUGCUACCAUUCAACAGAUAUGUUCGGUUUGCUUGCCGGAUCUGUUGCAAACAUGUUUUAGUGGUUCUGAUGCUUGCUUUAUCUAUUUUGGUGCUGUAUCAAAAGCUAAAAAUGAGCUACUAUAUUCGCAAUAUGGCCGACAAUCGGAUUUUACAAAAAUGCCAUCAGCAGCUAGCACAACUUCAGAUUUACCUGGUCCAUCAUCAUCUGGAAUACAAUAUCCGGGUAUUUUUCCAUCUGCUCUUCUACUUACAUUUCGAUUGAUAUCUGAAUUACGCCAACGUCGACCGGAUUUUCAUCAUUCAGUUCGUAUUUCGGCACUUUAUUAUUCUCAACGUCGUAAUCUACUCAUCGAUCUUCUUGCUUCAUUUAUUCUACCCGGGGUUGCUUCACAAGAUGUUAUCAUUCGAGAAGAUUCGGUAUUGGGAAUCAAAAUUGAGAAUCAUAGCGAAUUAAGGGUGGAUUCGGUGGGACAAGCAAUGAUAAUGAUCGAUGACAUUAUUCAGGCUAGAAUAACGGAAGAUGAAAAUGAACAACGUUGUGGACAUCUUUUUUUUUACAUCAAUUUAUACAGGUAUAAAAAAAAUACAUCCCAAUUAAUUGGUGGACGAUCACGAUUAUGUCUGGUAGAUUUAGGACUUGGUGAACGAACAUCAAAAGGUGAUGUACAAGCAAUGACAAUGCCUGUUAUCACUAAUCUCUUAGUUGCAUUAUUUCAAGGACAACGUUAUCUUCCAAGCAGACAAAGUCCGUUGUGUAUGUUAUUAAAAGAAUCAUUAGGCAGUGUACAAAUCAAAGCAUCGCUUCUCUUCGCUUCACUUUCCGAUCGAAUUUCGGAAUCGGAAAAUAUUUUACAAAUGAUGUCAAAAAUACAACGUGCUGCUAAACCACGAAAAACACAUCGUGCCGGAAGUGAUUCAUCCUCUUCCGAUUCUACUCGUCGGCGUCUAGCUACAAAUAAUGAAGGUAAUUCGAGUUCAGAGCAAUCGUGCGCCGAAACAGUCAUUUUCCUUGGACCUUCUGUUAGGAUAGAACCAACUACUGAACAGCAACAGCAGCCGAAGCGAAAGACAAGUGGAAAUGGAAUUGAUUCGAUGAAACGAAAAAUGAUCCUGGACUGGAUCAAAAACACUCAAGAAAGUGAUUACUCUCAACCUGCUAAGAUUAGUGUUUGUGUGCAGUGUAAUGAAGACGACAUAGAUAUGGAAAAUUUACAACAGUAUGGUUGUCGACGACAGUUAGAUGAUAUUCUGGAGGACGAUGAAGAAGCAAGUGGAUGUCAUUCACCGCGGAGUCUACCUACCACUGAACAGUUCCUCGAAUCUUUCCAAAAUAUUGGCACUCUUCAGCAACCAUUGAGUAUUCUUAGCUUGGAUAAAGUUUCCGCUUCAACAUGCGGAAAAAGCACAUCCGAAAAUGAAGUGGAAGAUGACGAUCUAGAACGAGCGAUGGCUGCUAGUAUCAGCUCCAUACGUUCACAUGAAAUACUUUCACGAUUAAAUGAUGAUUUAUCAGAAAAUCAACCUGAGAAUAUAUCAGAAAGUGAUAGUUCACUGUUUGGAAUUUAUCGAGGAGCAUUGAAAUCGGAAGCUUAUACGGAUGACAAAUUGAGCCAAUUUGCUGAAACCAACGAGAAGAAGAAGAAAAAAUUCGUUCCAUUAAGCUGUUGCAGAAGUAGCAUGCUUUCAUCGGUAAGUAGCGGUGGUUAUGGACAAACUAGCUCACUUACUGUUCUAAAAGCAACGGAAAAAGAGGAUGUACGGGAGAGUAACAAGUUGGCAAGCAGUACUUUUUCGCCAUCUUUAUUGGAUCAACCAACGGUCAUUAUGAAAAAUAGCAGUAAUAUCGCAAUGAGCAAUAGCACCGCAGUGUCACGAUCCAGUACACAUCCAUUAAACAAUUAUUCUCCUAGCAGUAAUCGGCCAGAAGUACUGCUGAAAAGUAAGUUACCACGACGGACUGCGGAAAAUAACAUACGUAAAGUUUCUCCCGAAAAGCAAUCAAUGUUAUUGGAACGUACGCCACUACAAUAUCUCGCUGCUAAAAGUUCACGUCGUGAUUCGUUUGAUUCGAAAAAAGAAACCAAGAAAGGCAAACGCAUUUUUGAAAGACGAAAUUCGACUGAUGCCAAUCAAAGGACAAUAAAUUUUGUUCCCUCACCUUAUUCCAUGGUAACUAAUGCAAAGCAAGAUACGGGAGCAUAUUCAUCAGGACAUGGUAGCGAUGAAAAUGGUUCAAUCUAUAGUCGACCACCUCUGACCUUAUUAUCACCCCGUUCCAAUCGACCUCGAAAUCGCGAAAGUUUUUCGGCUAGCAGCGGUUACGAAAGUGCCACCGGUGUGGAUGCUGUUAAAAAUUAUGGAUCGUUUUCAAAAAAACGACUUUUCGAACUAUCACAGAUUCAUUCUUCAAAUAAACAUGCAUUAUUGAUGGAUAAACGAGUUAAUUUAAUGAUUAGACGACAAAAUCGUCUUCGUGAUGAUUUACAUGAUGCGAAACGUCUGCUAGGUGUUGCAGAUGAACAUUUCCUUACUGCAUCCACGUCUAAUCUUCAAGGAGCUACGUUAUUAGAAGCACUUACUCAGGAAACACGAAUUUUGGAAAAACGUUUGAUAGCAUGCCGUAAUCAUGCAAUGAUCGUAACGUGCCUUUUGUGA